AUAGACUUUCUCGUAAAAUGGGGUUGCUCGUUAACAUUUGGUGCAGGGCCUGCAGGCAAUAGGUUCUUGGAGCCGUGACCUCACUCUCCCAACUAACCAUCCGUUUCUACUUCGAGCUCAUGAGCUCCAAGCCUCCAACAACCUCCGAGUUGGUAGCUGCAGUACGUACAUAAAUUCGCCCAAACACACCCCUGCCUCACUGUUGUAGGCCGGUGGUAGUUCCCGAAGCAAAACCCAUUCCGAGAGAGGAAAAGGGAAGGGAAAAAAAAAAAGAGAGAAGAAAAAAGAAAGAAGAAAAGUAAAAGGAGGAGGCGAUGAUGGCGAAGGCGAAGGCGAAGGCGAAGGGAAGCGUGUGGGAGAUCGAGGCGGAGGACGUGGCGGCGGCGUGGGGGGUGUCGCGGGAGGAGGCGGAGGGGUUCCGGCGGGCGCUGCGGGAAGCGGCGGGGCGGCACCCGCGCGAGGGGGCGGAGGCGGCGGUGUGGGCGGCGGCGGCUCGGCGCUGCUGCCGGCCGGAACAUCCCACGCCUAAUCUCGACCGCCUCUCUACUACACCGUCUACGCCCGGCUGGGACCGCCUCCGCGCGUCGCCCCGCCCCCCCCCCCCCGUUACUGUCCCCUCCCCAGGGAGGCAGAGGCGGAGGCUGAGGCGGCCCACUUCGCCUCUCAUUCUUUUUUUCUUCCUCGCCGAGACUGCUCCGGGACCCCUUUUUUUUUUGUUUCUCUCCAACCCUUCUCCACAGCCUCCCUGGCUCUUUACGAUAGUAAAGAGAGCAGCGCCGCGUCUUUUUUCUCUCUUUUUUUUUUUCCUCUCGGUCUUUCUUUUUUUCUCUUCGACCCUUCCUCCACCGCAUUCGCGACCUUCCACGACGAUAACAAGGAUAGCGUCGCGUCUUCUUUCUCUGCCAUUGCCGGCGCAGGCACCGAGACCGACGUCGGAGAAGGAGGACUCGGAACGAGCAUGGGUGAGAGUGGAGCCGAAGCAGUGCUCGCUGUCGCUCGUAAGGGUGAGAGCACGAAGACGCGCCCGCGCUUCUCCAAUGAGCGCUUCCGGUGAGGGUGGUGGCUGCAGGAUACAUUGUAAAUAUACAAAUCUUGGGAGAAUGAUGGAACUUCAUGGACCAAAGCUUUUAGGAUCAUCAUAUCAGGAUCCAAUUUCAAGUUAUGAUCUCUUUCAGAAGUUUUCCAUGCAGCAUCCUGAGGUGUUCUGGUCGAUUAUGGUGAAAGAGUUGUCCAUCUCAUUUCAGCAAGCCCCAAGAUCCAUUCUGGAUACUUCAGACAAGCUAAAGGAUGGGGGAAAAUGGUUUCCAGGUGCAGUUUUAAACAUAGCCGAAUGUUGUCUUCUACCUGUGCAAUUUCAGAACAAAACGGAUGAUAGUGUGGCUAUUGUGUGGAGGGAUGAGAAUUAUGAUGAUUUUCCAGUUAAGUGUUUGUCUUUAAAGGAGUUCCGUGAUCAGGUGAUGAUUGUUGCAAAUGCGCUUGAUACGGUGUUUACAAAAGGUGAUGCAAUUGCUAUAGAUAUGCCAAUGACAUGCACAGCAGUUAUCAUAUACCUCGCGAUCAUCCUAGCUGGAUAUGUCGUCGUAUCAAUAGCUGAUAGUUUUGCUCCAAAGGAAAUUGGUACUCGUGUGGAUAUUUCUAAAGCGAAGGGAAUAUUUACUCAAGAUUUCAUUAUUAGAGGAGGAAAGAAAUUUCCACUUUACAGUCGUGUUGUAGCAGGAACUAAAUGUAAGGCUAUUGUGAUCCCUGCAAUCGGCACAGAGAUGGGAGUACAACUAAGGGGCACUGACAUGUCCUGGAAAGAGUUUCUCUCUCGCACUGCUGGCCUUCCGAGGCCAUAUAAUUAUUCGCCAAUUUAUCAGCCCGCAGAAAAUUUGAUCAACAUACUCUUUUCUUCCGGAACAACCGGAGAACCAAAAGCUGUUCCAUGGACGCAGCUUUCUCCAAUAAGAUGUGCAUCUGAUUCAUGGGCCCAUCUUGAUGUCCAACCAGGAGAUAUUUUUUGCUGGCCGACAAAUUUGGGCUGGGUGAUGGGACCUAUAAUGGUGUAUUCUUGCUUUCUGAACGGUGCUACCUUAGCUCUCUAUCAUGGAUCUCCUCUUGGUCGGGGCUUUGGCAAAUUUAUUCAGGAUGCAGGUGUUACCAUGUUAGGAACCGUUCCUAGCUUGGUGAAAACCUGGAAAAGCAGCAAGUGCAUGGAAGGACUUGACUGGACCAAGAUCAGGGUUUUUGGUACAACAGGAGAGGCUUCUGAUAUUGAUGAUGAUCUUUGGCUUUCUUCACGAUCCUUCUAUAAACCAGUUAUUGAAUGCUGCGGGGGAACUGAACUUGCAUCUACCUAUAUUCAAGGGAGCUUGUUGCAGCCACAAGCUUUUGGAGCAUUUAGCACUCCAUCCAUGUCAACUGGAUUUGUCAUCUUUGAUGAACAAGGGGCUCCUUAUCCUAAUGAUCAACCUUGUGUGGGAGAGGUAGGCUUGUUUCCUGUGUACCUGGGGGCUACCGAUAGACUGCUCAAUGCUGACCACAAGAAGGUUUACUUUGAUGGGAUGCCAACUUACAACGGAAUGAAGCUAAGAAGGCAUGGAGAUAUAAUUCAGAGAACUGUUGGUGGUUAUUACUUGGUACAAGGUAGGGCGGAUGAUACGAUGAAUCUCGGAGGCAUCAAGACAAGUUCAUUAGAGAUAGAAAGGGUUUGCAAUCGAGCUGAUGAGAGUGUGCUCGAGACAGCUGCAGUUAGCAUCAAAUCAAGCAAUGGAGGUCCUGAACAACUGGUUAUCUUGGCAGUUCUUAAUAAGAGAUCAGCCGAGUGUGAUCCCAACCUUCUGAAAGCAAAAUUCCAACGAGCCAUCCAGAAAAAUCUCAAUCCUCUUUUCAAGGUGAGCUUUGUCAAAGUUGUUCCAGAGUUUCCUAGAACUGCUUCAAAUAAGUUGCUGAGGAGAGUUUUACGAGAUCAGGUGAAGCAGGAGUUUUCAACUUGCAGCAAGUUGUAACCGAGUUACCGUCCGAUAAUCUAUGCUCAAUGAUAUGUAAAUUGCUGCAGACAUUAGAAUAAAUUUGGAUUGUCAUCAUCCUGUGGGGCAUUGUAAAUUGCUUCAAAUAAGAGCCAGAACUUUGUUUACUUUCAUUUUUUUGCUUUAUAAAUAUAAUCCUGCUAAAAAGGAAGUGUCAUUGUUGCUACAUGUACAGUAAAGAGGGACUUGUGUAUAUGGAACUUAAAAAGGAUUUAAACUUCUAGCUAUGGAUAAUUGGUGCUAUUUGUUUA